AUGGCUACCGCCCACGAGACUACUGCCGCUGAGGCACUCCAGCACGGCCAAGAGGUCGCUGACAAGCACCCUCACCUCUACGGUGCCACCAUCAACGACUCCAACGUUGCCGGCGCGCAUGUUUCCACCGAGAAGGAUGCUGCGCUCACUGCUGGCUCCCACUCCGAUGCUGCUUCCUAUGUCCAAGAAGAGGAUGGCAUCGGUGGUAUCAGGCCCACCGCUGAGGAGUUGAAGACACUCCGCAAGGUUGGAGAGCCGCUCCCCAAGAGCGCUUUCCUUGUCGCUAUCGUCGAGCUCUGCGAACGUUUCACCUACUAUGGUGCUUCCGGUAUCUUCCAAAACUACAUCUCGCGUCCCCGCAGUGGUGAGGAAGGUCGCGGUGCGCUCGGUAUGGGUCACCAGGGAGCCACUGGUCUCACCACCUUCUUCCAGUUCUGGUGCUAUGUUACUCCCAUUCUCGGUGCCAUCAUUGCCGAUCAGUACCUUGGAAAGUACAACACCAUCGUCAUUUUCUGCUGCGUCUACAUCCUCGGUCUCAUCGUCCUCACCUGCACAUCCAUUCCUACCGCUCUGGAUCACGGCGCCGGUCUCGCUGGUUACAUUGUUGCCAUUAUCAUCAUCGGUCUCGGAACUGGAGGUAUCAAGUCCAACGUCGCGCCUUUGAUCGCCGAUCAAUACAAGAGGAGACAAAUGGUCAUUGGCACCGAUGACAAGACUGGCGAGAAGGUUAUCAUUGACCCUGCGAUCACUAUUCAGAGGAUUUACAUGAUCUUCUACUGGUGCAUCAACGCCGGAUCUCUGUCUCUGCUCGCUACUCCCUACCUGGAACGUGAUCGCGACUUCUGGAGUGCCUACCUGCUCUGCCUCUGCGUCUUCUUCGUUGGACUGCUCGUCCUCGUCCUUGGCCGCAAGGUCUACGUUGUCCGACCUCCUCAGGGAUCCAUCAUUACCGAUGCCUUCCGUAUUAUCUGGAUGAUGAUCAAGAACCGUAACAUGGAUGCUGCUAAGCCAUCUUACCAGGCCGGCCUCGGCAAGACCAAGGUCCUCAACUGGGACGACCACUUUGUCGAUGAGGUCAAGCGUGCUCUUAUUGCUUGCCAGGUUUUCUGCUUCUACCCCAUCUACUGGGUCGUCUACGGCAACUUCUCCAACAACUUCGUCACCCAGGCCGGUCAGAUGCGUCUUCACGGCAUUCCCAACGAUCUGAUGCAGAACUUCGAUCCCAUCGCUAUUAUCGUUUUCCUGCCCAUUGUCGACCAGUGGCUCAUGCCCACACUCCGCAAGCACAAGAUCGCCUUCCCUCCCAUCAACCGUAUUGUCGCCGGCUUCUGGAUUGCAUCCUUCGCCAUGAUUUACGCUUGCGUCAUCCAAUACUACAUUUACCACUCUGGUCCUUGCUACAUGACCCCGCUAGCCUGCGACGCUGAUCUUGUCGAUGGCGUUCACCAGGGUAACAACAUCCACGUUGCUGCCCAAACCGGUGCCUACAUUCUCAUUGGUCUUUCUGAGAUCUUUGCCUCCGUCACUGGACUCGAGUAUGCGUACACCAAGGCCCCGCCCAGCAUGAAGUCCUUCGUCCAGUCUAUGUACCUCCUUACCAACGCUUUCGGAUCUGCCAUCUCCGAGGCUCUUAACCCGCUUGUCGUUGACCCCAAGAUCCAGUGGAUGUUUGCUGGUCUUGCCGUUGCAUCGUUCAUCGCUGGUUGCCUCAUCUGGAUUCUGUUCCACCACCUCAACGAGACGGAGGACGAGAUGAACCAGCUUGACCAGGACUACGACAAGGACGAGACUUUGAGGAGGAGCAGUGUGCACGGUGACCGCACUGUCGGUGUCCACCAUUCUAUUGAUGAGAAGGCAUAG